CGCGGUGACGCCGCGGGGUCGCGCCCCACGUGACGCCGCACCCGGAAGCGGCGCGGAGCGGCCGCCGGUGCCGCCCCCGGUACCGCUCCCGCUCCCGUCAUGUGAAGCGGCGGGACGGGCUCCCGCAGGCCACGAUGGAGCCCACGGCCUCGCAGGUGUUCUGCGGGAGGGUGCUGGGCAUGGUCAACGCCGAGGACGUCAACGCCAUCAUCCUGGCCCAGAAAAACAUGUUGGAUCGGUUUGAGAAGACCAACGAGAUGCUGCUCAACUUCAACAACCUGUCGAGCGUCCGCAUGCAGCAGAUGAACGAGCGCUUCCUGCACCACACCAGGACCCUGGUGGAGAUGAAGAAGGACCUGGACAGCAUCUUCCGGAGGAUCCGGACUCUCAAAGGGAAGUUGGCAAAGCAGUACCCGGAGGCUUUCAGCAACAUCCACGAAUCCCCCAUCCUGGAAGACGACGACGACUUCGACCCCGUCCCCAAGAGCACCACGACCACCAUCGCUACCUCUGAGCAGAGCACGGAGUCCUGCGACAGCAGCCCCGACGUCAUCUCCCCCACCACCAGCCAGGAUUUCGAGGAUUUAUCCCAGGGCCAGUACGACGGCCCGGCCGUGAACGGACAGAGCCUCACAGACGAGGACAGGGCCGAGGGCCUGGACUAGGAGUCACCUCCCGCCCCUGGAGAACUUUCUAUCCUGUAUUUAUAUUUGUGUGUCGCUUUAUUUUUCUUUUUUUUUCCUUCCUCGGGAAGAGGGAAGCGAAGGCUGGGAGAAGCCGAGGCAGGAAGGUGCUGCCCUUCUGCCUCCAAAGUGCCGCUGAGGUGUAAAACCCCACAGCUCGCUUCAGGGGGGAAUCAGUAAAUCCUGGCUUGGAAAUGCC